UCCCCGGCACACUUGCACAAUAGAGGUAUAGAGCGCCGCAGGCUGCAUUGCAUUACACACACCCGCCGUAGCCAUCAUCCAGUGUGGAAGGAAGCCCGAAUAAUAUAAUAAAGUAUGGCAAAGACGAGCGCGAACAACGUAGCUGCCGCCACCAGUCAGUCGACGCUGCGCAGCCGGCCCCGUGGGCAACGUAUCCUACUACUCGCUCUCGUCCUAUCGAUCUUCCUGGCAAGCACCAACGCAGCGAUGCAGGACUUUUUGGGCAAAAAGUACCAGCUCAGCGACUCGAAGAACUUUGAUGAGUUCAUGCAGGCCAUCGGCGUGGGUUUCAUCACUCGAAAAAUCGCUAGCGCCACGUCGCCAUCCGUCGAAGUGACGGAGAAGGAUGGCAAGUACACGAUGAAGACGACCAGCACCUUCAAGAACCAGGUGCUCGAGUUCGUGCCCGGCGUCGAGUUUGAGGAGGAGACCCCAGAUGACCGCAAAGUCAAGAGCACCAUCACCUUCGAGGGCAACAAAAUGAUCCACGUCCAGAAGGGCGACAAGCUGGUGACCAUCGAGCGUGAGUUCGGACCCGAAAAAAUGACGGCUGUGAUGAAGGUGGACGACAUCGUGUGCACCAGGACAUACGACCUAGAGAAAUAAUGAAACAGCAGCCCCAUGGAAAAUCUAACGACUAAUGAAUUGUUUAUACGAAAUAUUUUUCAUUUUUAAAAUUGUAUAACAUUUUUUAUAACGCUAACUCAUUAUGAAUAGGCUUAAGUAUAUUUGCUAUGUGCUACUGUAUAAAUGAAAUUUCGUAUAAAAAUAUUGUAUACGGUGUUUAUUUUUUUUUACACCUGUUGAAAAAUACAACAAGAAAUCUUGUAUACAAA